GCGACAGCGACCCCGACCAGCUAGACGCCGCCGCGAAACCGGUAGUGACGGCCUCGGACGUGGCGUCGGUGCUGUCGAGGUGGUGCGGUGUGCCCGUGGACCGCCUCACGCAGGACCAGCAGGGCCAGCUGAUGCACCUGGAGGAGACUCUCGGGCAGAGCAUCGUGGGGCAGCGGGCCGCCGUGAACGCGAUCGCGCGGGCCGUGCGGCGAGCGCGCGCUGGCAUGUCGGGGCCGAACCGCCCGGUGGCCUCCCUGUACUUUGCGGGGCCGACGGGGGUCGGCAAGUCGGAGUUGUGCAAGGUCCUCGCCAGCGAGUACUACGCGGACCCCCAGGCGCUCGUCCAGAUCGACAUGAGCGAGUAUUCCGAGAAGCACAGCGUCUCGCGCCUCGUUGGCCCCCCACCGGGCUACGUGGGCUUCGAGGACCCCCGCAGCGGGCAGCUGACCGAGGCCGUGAGGCGGAGGCCGUACAGCGUGGUGGUGCUGGACGAGAUAGAGAAAGCCCACGGAGAGGUGCUGAACCUCAUGCUGCAGGUCCUCGAGGACGGCAGGCUGACCGACGGCAAGGGCCGCACCGUCAACUUCUCCAACUGCAUCGUCAUCAUGACGUCCAACGUGGGCAGCCGCGAGAUCCUGGGCGCCUCCGAGAUGGAGCUGGCCACGAAGAUGAACACCCUGGCUUUCGAGAUGCGGGAUGGUGGCCCGCCGGGGACGGGGAGGACUGAGCAGCCCACACCAGCCAGCCUGCCCGACACGUUGGAUUGGUGGUCAGAGGUCGACGACGCGCACGGGGGAUCGCCGGCCACGAACCUCGAGUGCCACUUGCCCGAGCUCGACGCCAGGGAGGGCGCACCGCGCACGAGCAGUUGGUCGGGAACCCUCAUGCGGAUGAGUUUGCCCCAGCGGGCGACGUAG